CCACUACCCAGUGGACUUGCGAAAUCCUCCACCAUACGAAGGAAAAAAGGGAGAACCAAAGCCUAAUCCCACGUUUAAGGUAUAGAGGAAAUGGCCACAUAUCCUUCUCUACUCUCUUCUCUUUCCCCCUGUAAACCCAGUUCACUUACCCUCUUAAAUCCCCCAUUGCCUUUUCAUUGUCCCGCAAAACGUUCCGUUUCCAUAUCUAAGCUGCAACCCGAAACCCAAACUAGGACUUUUGGUUCUCUUUAUAGGAAGAGAAAUGGCCUUUCUAUGUCUACUGCAGUUGCUACUGAGUCAGCGACUGCGGCUCGAAACGAUGUCGUUGAAGAAACCCAGAGAGAGGAAACCGAGAAAAUUGUGCUUCCUACUAAUGAAUCAUCUGAGAAACUCUUAAGGAUUCGCCACACGUGUGCACAUGUUAUGGCUAUGGCUGUUCAAAAGCUGUAUCCUGAAGCAAAAGUGACAAUUGGGCCGUGGAUAGAUAAUGGAUUUUAUUACGAUUUUGAUAUGGAGCCUUUGACUGAUAAAGACCUCAAGAAGAUUAAGAAGGAAAUGGAUCGCAUUAUUGGUCGAAAUUUACCCCUUGUAAGAGAAGAAGUUUCUAGAGAUGAAGCUAAGAGAAGAAUAAUGGCUAUUAAUGAGCCUUACAAGAUGGAGAUUUUGGAAAGCAUAAAAGAAGAUCCUAUCACUAUCUACCAUAUUGGUGCAGAAUGGUGGGAUCUUUGUGCUGGACCUCAUGUGGAAACUACUGGCCUUAUAAACAAGAAAUCUGUUGAGCUUGAAUCUGUUGCUGGUGCUUACUGGAGAGGAGAUGAAAAAAACCCAAUGCUGCAGAGGAUCUAUGGAACAGCUUGGGAGAAUGAACAGCAACUAAAAGCUUAUCUUCACUUCAAAGAGGAGGCUAAACGUCGAGACCAUAGGCGCCUUGGCCAAGAUCUUGAUCUUUUCUCUAUACAGGAUGAAGCAGGUGGAGGCUUAGUUUUCUGGCAUCCGAAGGGUGCCAUUGUUAGGCAUAUUAUAGAAGACUCAUGGAAGAAAACGCAUAUAAAACAUGGUUACGAUUUGUUAUAUACUCCCCAUGUGGCGAAGGCCGAGUUGUGGAAGAUAAGUGGUCACCUGGACUUCUACAGAGAGAAUAUGUAUGAUCAGAUGCAGAUUGAGGAUGAAAAUUAUCAACUUCGACCUAUGAAUUGCCCUUAUCACAUUUUGGUUUUCAAAAGAAAGCUCAACUCUUAUCGUGAUUUUCCAAUCCGGGUUGCAGAGCUAGGAACAGUAUAUAGAUAUGAGUUGUCUGGAAGUUUACAUGGUCUUUUCCGUGUAAGAGGUUUUACCCAGGAUGAUGCGCACAUAUUUUGUUUGGAAGAUCAAAUUAAAGAUGAAAUCAGAGGAGUCCUAGAUCUUACAGAAGAGAUAUUAUUGCAAUUUGGCUUCAGCAAGUAUGAAGUGAACCUCUCAACUAGGCCAGAGAAAUUUGUGGGAGGUGAUGAUAUAUGGGAAAAGGCAACAUCUGCCCUUAGAGAUGCUCUGGAAGAUAAGGGUUGGAACUAUCAAAUUGACGAAGGUGGCGGUGCCUUUUAUGGUCCAAAGAUAGAUCUUAAGAUUGAGGAUGCUCUUGGAAGGAAGUGGCAGUGCUCAACUAUACAGGUUGAUUUUAAUUUACCUCAACGGUUUGACAUUACUUAUGUUGACUCGAACACAGAGAAGAAGCAGCCUAUAAUGAUUCAUAGAGCAGUACUUGGAUCCUUAGAGCGGUUUUUUGGGGUCCUCAUAGAACAUUAUGCUGGGGAUUUUCCAUUGUGGCUCUCUCCAAUCCAAGUUCGAGUUUUGCCAGUCACCGACACACAGCUUGAAUACUGCAAAGAGGUGACUAACAAACUGAAAGGUAAUGAUAUUCGAACUGAAGUUUGCCACGGGGAGCGUUUGCCAAAGCUAAUUAGAAAUGCAGAGAAGCAGAAAAUUCCUUUAAUGGCAGUUGUGGGAGCCAAGGAGGUUGAGACACAAAGCGUCACUAUCAGAUCUAGGUUUAGCGGGGAGCUUGGAACAAUGAAAAUUGAUGAUUUUAUCAGCAGAAUUAAGUUUGCUGUCGAUAAGAGAACUUCAUUGUGAAGGUGGUGCUGGGAAAUUGAUUAAUUUCUGUUUAGAGGAUUUAUGAAAAUUUUUUUUUUUUUUUAAAGGAUUUUUAUACUUGCUAGAGAGAAAAAAUACGAGAUGAAUAUAUAGAGAGAGGAUGAGAAUCUAAUAUGAUUGUAUAAAUGUAUUCUUCAGAACUCUCCAUAAGUUGACUUCUGAAUUACGUUUUUAUUUUUUUGUUGGAAUUCCUUAAAAAAAUAGGACGAAUUGUUGAUUAUUUCCA